CGCAAUUCCCCGUCAAAACACAUGUGAUAACCAGUGAUAAGUGAUAACUGAUUAUUUAGUUAUUUACCAAAAGUGAACGUAAAAAUGGUUAUAGAGAAAGAUUUUAAGGAUCCUAGGAUUCUCCAGUUGAAAGAAGAAAUAAAGAAUUUAAAGCUUCUGCUGUGUCAAAAAGAAACUGAACUUUCAGAACUGUUGAAACCUGUAGCAUUCAGCUGUUGUCAUGGACCAUCCAUGAAAGGAGCUUCCAAAGAAAAGUUGAGUGCAACUGAAAUUUCUCGUUAUAGCAGGCAAAUGCUAAUCCCCAAGAUAGGAGUCAAGGGUCAGCUGAAAUUAAAAAACAGCUCUGUCUUAAUCGUAGGAGUUGGAGGGCUUGGUUGCCCAGCUGCCUUAUAUCUUGCUGCUGCAGGAGUGGGUUGCAUAGGGCUAGUGGACCAUGACUGCGUUGAAAUCAACAACCUUCACAGACAAGUUUUGCAUUCAGAUGUAUUUUUGAACCAACCAAAGGUGGACUCCGCUUUUGCUGCUUUGAGGAGAUUAAAUGAAGAGGUUGAGUUUCGCACCCACAAAACACAGCUGUCCAGUUCCAAUGCCACCGAUAUUAUUUCUAGUUAUGAUGUGAUAGUUGAUGCCACUGACAAUGCUCCAACACGGUUUUUGCUGAAUGAUGUAUGUGUUUUUACCAAGAAACCUCUUGUGUCUGGAGCUGCCUUACAAACAGAAGGCCAACUAACUGUUUAUAACUAUGAAAAUGGUCCCUGUUAUCGAUGCUUAUUUCCGAAACCACCACCUCCUAAUUCUGUCAAAAAUUGUGGUGAUGCAGGCGUCCUUGGUACUGUUCCAGGUGUGAUAGGUACAUUGCAAGCCAUGGAAGUAAUUAAAAUUCUAACGGAGAACAAGGGCGUUCUAAGUGGAAGAUUGUUGACUUAUGACGGUCUGGAUGCAUCUUUCAGGACUUUCAAAAUCAGAGACAAAAGUAAAACGUGUGCAGUGUGUAGUGAAUCACCUACCAUUAAAGAACUAAUAGACUAUGAGCAGUUUUGUGGAUCAGCAGCAAAUGAUAAGAACCCUUCUAUCAACUUGCUGAAUCCUAAUGAGAGGAUACACGUAGAAAGAUUGGCUGAACUGCUGAAGACUGAGUCUGAGAAUAACACUUUCAUUGACGUGCGUUCUCCUGAAGAAUUUGAAAUGUGCAGCAUAUCUAAGUUUGUCAAUGUUCCAAUAAACAGCUUAUUUUUCUAUAAUACAUCUUCGGAGCCACUUUUCACGGAUCUGAAGUUGGACACUGAAAAACCUGUGUAUGUUAUUUGCAGGCGAGGAAACGAUUCACAAAGAGCAGUCCAAAUUUUGAAGAACCUGUAUUCCCAUUUAGAAAUCAAGGAUGUAAUUGGAGGUUUGCAUUCUUGGGCAAAAAGAGUUGACAAUGAUUUUCCAGUUUAUUAAGAAUCCUCUUAAUUCGACUUUACACGGAAAAAAAAAAUUGCUGAUUCAACAAUUUAAUUGCUAAAAACAGGGAGUGCAAUGUUUCAACGCAGAUUUUACAACAAAAAAAUGCUACUUUAACCACCCGCGUGGUUCAAUUUGUUUACAAUGUAGUUAAAGUAGCAUUUUUUUGUUGUAAAAUCUGCGUUGAAACAUUGCACUCACUGUUUUUAGCAAUUGAAUCGUUGAAUCAGCAAUUUUUUUCCCGUGUAAUUCCCAUAUCUUCAAUUUAUGGUUCUCAUAACUCUAGUCCAAAAAACAAAAUUGGCUACGCUUAAAAGGUAUGUUUUGAUGCUGAGUAGAUUUUUAGAGUUGAUUGUGAAAAUCAGGGGUGCAGAAUAUGUCCGAUCAUGUGCUCACCUGGGCGCGUGAAUAUGUGGAAAAGCCCCAAAAAUGUGGAAGGAGGGAACAUUUUGAAGGGCCAAAAGUGGAAAAUCAAAGGAAACAGAGGAAAAACGUCAUCAUUUUUAAAAUUGGUGGGAAAUUUUGUUGAAAACUGAUGAGACAAAUGUGGGAAGCCAUCUGGCAGGCUCGUGAAAAUGUGGAAGCUCAGAAGAUUCUGCACCCCGUGUGAAAAUGACCUCCGUUUUUUUUAUCCUCCAAAAAUGGGGCUCUCUACUUUCAAAUAAUGAACUGAAAAAGUGGGUGCCACUGCUACUGGACCACUGUUGAAGAACAGUCCUAGUGUGGCUACCUUGUGUAAUAUUUUUGUUCAGUAAAUAAUCAAGGAUAUUGAUUAAGAUUAAAUAUUUGUGCCUGGAAACCUUUACAAUUUCUUUGUUAUUCCAAGUGCAUUUCGAGGUUCAGGUUGUCAUCUUCAGUGAUAUAAUUUUAUGUAUGCUUACGAUCUUGCAGAACUCUUCAAAAUUUUAAAAAAUGUUAUUAUUAAAUGCACAUUCUGGCUCUCAAGAAUGCAAGUGAUCGUUUCAAGGCAGAAUGUGUAUUUAAUAAUUGCCCCGUAUAUGAUUGUUUUUUAACAUUUUUAGUAAGUUUUUUUUCAAAGUUUGACAUGUAUGCCGAGAUCGCGAGCAUACUUGAAAUUAUAUUGCUGAGGAUGUCAUCGAGAACCUCAAAAUGCAUUCAGAAUAACAAAGAAAUUGCUAAGCACUCCAGCACAAAUAUUUAAUCUUAAUCAAUAUCAUAGAUUGCAAAAUGCAAAUCAAAAGAUAAUUAAGGAUAGUGUUGCAUAGAUUUGCUUCAUGUAAACCUGUUGUUUUAUAAAAGAAUGUUUAAGUGAGUUCUCUUUUUUAUAAAAUUUUCUGUUUACGUA